UUGGAAAAUAAUUAACUCGACCUACGCGUCAUCCUCGUCCUAUAUGAUUUACGCAUACGUUGAUCAGACUUGGUAACCCAGACAUUUACAUCCGUAGUUAGCCAUAUCGUCGUAAUUGUCCACCGGGAAUUAAACGAAGGUACUGAGACCAGACUUCAGAUACUUCACCGUGGAAUCAAACUAGUUUAGCAAGCAAGAUGGCAACAAACAAGCCAACUGUUGUUCCUGUGGAUCACUUCGAUCCUGCCGAAGAUUGCCGACGUCUUCACAAGGCCAUGGCGGGUAUGGGUACGAACGAAAAGGCUUUGAUAGAAGUUUUAGCAAAGAGAUCUGCCGCUCAGCGACAGAUUCUCAUAAAGAAAUACGAAGAAGAAUACAAAAAACCAUUGAUCAAAACUUUACAGAAGGAAUUAAGAGGAGAUUUUGAAAAGCUAGUUCUUGCUUGCAUGGAUCUUCCUGCUGUAAUGGAGGCAAAGAAAGCACAAAAAGCUACAAAAGGGAUGGGAACAAACGAAGCAGCACUGGUAGAUGUCGUCUGCACCAAGGAUAAUACUGAAAUUGAAAAAUUGAAGGCUGCCUAUCAACUCGUAUUUGAGCGUAGCUUGAUCGAAGAUGUUCGCAGGGAUACUUCGGGAGAUUUCCAGAAAGUUCUUCUAACGAUUCUUCGAUGUGAACGAUCGGAUUCUGAUAAAGUCGACGAAGAAGAAGCAGAAGUUGAAGCUAAAGCUUUAUUCAAGGCUGGAGAGGGCAAACGUGGAACGGACGAAAAUGUUUUCACCGAAAUUUUGUGCAAACGUAACUUUUGUCAGUUGAGAGAAAUUUUCAAACAAUACGAAAAGGUUGCUGGGCACGACUUUGAAAAAGCUGUCAAAUCAGAAACCUCAGGAGACUUACAGAAAGCUUAUUCCACAAUUGUAUCUGUUGCUAAAGGCGUGCAUGAAUAUUAUGCUGACAAAAUUGAAGCUUCUAUGAAGGGAAUGGGUACAAAAGAAGUUGCUUUGAUACGUUACAUUGUGCUGAGGCUUGAGGUUGACAUGGUUAACAUCAAAGAGAAAUAUCAUCAAAAAUUCAACAAAACAUUGGAGCAAGCAAUUACCAAAGAAACAAGCGAAAAGAAUCUACACAUCAAGAUGGGAAAUAUGGAAAUGCGCCCCACCGUGACUCCGGUUGAUGAUUUUAGCCCAGAGGCAGAUUGCGAAACAUUGAGAGAUGCAAUGUCAGGACGAGGAACCGAUGAAGAUGAAAUCAUGGCAAUUCUUGCAAAUAGGUCCACCCUUCAGCGGCAAAUACUGAAAGAAAAGUAUGAGAGUGAAUACGGCGACGAAUUAUUACGAGAUCUCAAGAGGGAACUUCGUGGUGACCUUGAGGAUUGUAUCAUGGCUGUCAUGGACCCACCUGCAGUCUACGAAGCUAGACAAUUAAGAAAAGCCAUGGUUGGACCAGGAACUGAUGAUGAAAUCUUGAUUGAAAUUAUUUGCACAAAAAGCAAUGAAAGAAUUGAAGCAAUCAAGGCUGCAUACGCUAUUGUAUUCGAAAGAAGCUUGAUGGAAGAUGUGAGAGACGAAACAUCGGGUGAUUUCAAGACUCUUCUUUCCAUGAUGUUGCUUGCAGAGAGAGACGAAUCCUGGGAGAUUGACGAAGACGCUGCGGAAGCCGAUGCUCAGGCAAUUUAUGAUGCUGGAGAAGGAAGGUGGUUCGGUACAGAUGAAAACGAAUUCACAAAAGUCUUAGCUUUUAGAAAUUAUCUUCAACUGAGACUGGUAUUCCUCAAAUAUGCUGUAAUUGCUGGAAAUACAAUCGAAGAAGCAAUUGAGUCUGAAACUUCAGGAAACCUCCAAAAAGCAUAUCUUGCCAUCUGCUCAAUCACCAAAGAUGUGCAUGGUUACUACGCACAGAAGUUACAUGAUGCCAUGCGUGGAGUUGGAACUGAUGACGAUGCCCUGAUUCGAUUCAUUGUUGUCAGAUCUGAGUUCGAUCUUGGAAACGUCAAAGAUGCCUACAGAGAAAAAUUCGACAACGGUUUGUGGGCAGAUAUUUCUCAAGAAUGCAAAGGAGACUACAGACGUAUGUUGCUAUCUUUGAUUCGUGAAGAUUAAAAUGAAUCCAG